AUGAAAGAAACAAGCGUGGGCUCUGAAGGAAAACCUCAUGCUGACCCCAGCCUGGGUUCUACCGGCCCCAAAGCUGACCCCAGCCUGGGCUCUACCGGCCCCAAAGCUGACCCCAGCCUGGGCUCCAUCGGCCCCAAAGCUGACCCCAGCCUGAGUUCCACUGUCCCCAAAGCUGACCCCAGCCUGGGCUCCAUCCGCCCCAAAGCUGACCCCAGCCUGAGUUCCACUGUCCCCAAAGCUGACCCCAGCCUGGGCUCCACCAGCCCCAAAGCUGACCCCAGCCUGGGCUCCAUCAGCCCCAAAGCUGACCCCAGCCUGGGUUCCAUCCGCCCCAAAGCUGACCCCAGCCUGGGUUCCACCAGCCCCAAAGCUGACCCCAGCCUGGGCUCCAUCCGCCCCAAAGCUGACCCCAGCCUGGGCUCCACCAGCCCCAAAGCUGACCCCAGCCUGGGCUCCAUCGGCCCCAAAGCUGACCCCAGCCUGGGCUCCAUCCGCCCCAAAGCUGACCCCAACCUGGGUUCUACCGGCCCCAAAGCUGACCCCAGCCUGGGCUCCACCAGCCCCAAAGCUGACCCCAGCCUGGGUUCCACCGGCCCCAAAGCUGACCCCAGCCUGGGCUCCACCGGCCCCAAAGCUGACCCCAGCCUGGGCUCCACCAGCCCCAAAGCUGACCCCAGCCUGGGUUCUACCGGCCCCAAAGCUGACCCCAGCCGGCAGCAUGGCUCCAAGAAGCCUGAAAAUGUGAUCUGCUGUUAG